CUCAGAGCGACACACACACACACACACACUCUCGAGUUAGUUCCCUCAAUGGGAACGAGCUUAACGGACAAACCACCGCUUCACUCUCGUGUUUAACCGCCGGGGACCCGCGGGGCUGCAGCUGCUGGAGGCUCCUCCCGUCUUUGUUUGCUCACCGGGGGCCAACGACACCGGACUUUCGAGUCGGUGCUGUCGGGGACUAACUUUCACCCAGCUAGCUAGCGAGGAGGAGGAGGAGGAGGAGGCGAGGGGGUAGCUUAGCAUAGGCAGCUAACUAGCUCGGCUCAUCUCGUCUCGGCUCGGCACGGCAGACACCAAGCGGCGGCGUGUCUCCCCUUCACGCUGCGGCUGCAACAACCCGACAAGGAAGAGCCUCCUGCUCAUGGAGGGAACAAGAUCACCAUGCACGGAGGACGCCCCUCCGCUAACCUGCCGGAGAUGAAGAUGAGCACCGGGACGUGAUGGUCGCAGCAGCGUUUCUAUUGCGAGGCAGGGAAUCUGUGUGAGGCUGCAACACAAGGCUUUUGCUACCCAGCAGCAGCAGCAGCUUGUGUGUGUGUGGUCUGUGUGUGUGUGUGUGUGUGUGUGUGUGAUCGAAGUGCCUAUGGCGGAGUUUGGGGAGGACGGCAGGCUUCCUCCAUUGCAUCUCGGGGGUUCGGCCGUGCCCAGCGACGAGGCAGCUGCUGCCGGGAAGACGCAUUGCGAAGUGUCCAUCCUGAAUGGAGACUGUGGGAUAUCGGACAAUAUGGUCGGUUCACCUGGUGCCAGCCAAGCCGGGGUGGAGACAGCCAACACCUCCGUGGGACCGGCGGAUGCCAAACACGAGAUACCACGCAGGAGCAGCAUUAUCAAGGAUGGUUCAAGACAGCGCAAAGAGAGAAAGAAGACUGUGUCAUUCAGCAGCAUGCCCACCGAGAAGAAAAUAAGCAGCGCAAGUGACUGCAUCAAUGCUAUGGUGGAUGGCUCUGAGCUGAAGAAGGUGCGAUCCAACUCGCGCAUUUACCACCGCUACUUUCUCCUUGAUGCUGACAUGCAGUCUUUGAGAUGGGAGCCCUCGAAGAAGGAAUCAGAAAAGGCCAAAAUUGAUGUGAAAUCCAUCAAGGAGGUCCGCACGGGGAAAAAUACAGACACUUUUAGAACUAAUGGAACCUAUGAUCAGAUAUCAGAGGACUGCGCUUUCUCAGUCAUCUUCGGGGAGAACUACGAGUCCCUGGACUUGGUGGCAAACACAGCAGAUGUAGCCAACAUAUGGGUAACAGGACUGAGGUACCUCAUCUCCUAUGGGAAACACACGUUAAAUAUGAUAGAGAGCAGUCAGAACAACAUGCGCUCGUCGUGGUUAGGGGAGCUUUUUGAUGAGGCCGACCGUAACAACAGCAAACAGAUAACUAUAUGUGCCGCUGUGCAGCUCGUCAAGAAGCUGAACCCGGGACUUAAAAAUGUAAAAAUAGAACUGAAGUUUAAGGAGCUUCACAAAGCGAAGGACAAACCAGGCUCCGACGUGACCAAAGACGAGUUCAUCGAGGUCUUUCAUGAUCUUUGCACCAGACCAGAAAUUUACUUUCUCUUUGUUCAGUUCUCCAGCAACAAAGAAUUUCUGGAUACCAAGGACUUGAUGAUAUUUCUAGAGGCAGAGCAGGGCAUGGCUCAAGUUAGUGAAGACAUCAGCUUAGAGGUGAUUCAGAAAUAUGAACCAUCUAAAGAGGGUCAGCUCAAGGGCUGGCUCUCUCUCGAUGGCUUCACCAACUACGUUAUGUCGCCAGAGUGCCACAUAUUUGACCCGGAACACAAAAUGGUUUGCCAGGACAUGAACCAGCCCUUGUCCCACUAUUACAUCAAUGCAUCCCACAACACGUACCUGAUUGAAGAUCAGUUCAGAGGUCCCUCAGAUGUGACCGGGUAUAUCCGUGCACUCAAGAUGGGCUGCCGCAGUGUAGAGCUGGACGUGUGGGAUGGGCCUGAUAAUGAACCUGUUAUUUACACUGGCCACACGAUGACGUCACAGAUCGUUUUUCGCAGCGUCAUCGACGUCAUCAACAAGUAUUCCUUCGUUGCAUCCGAGUUUCCACUGAUGUUAUGUUUAGAAAACCACUGCUCGUUAAAGCAACAGAGAGUUAUGUUUCAGCACCUGAAGAAGAUCCUCGGAGACAAGAUCAUAUUGGAUCCUCCUAAACCUGAGGACUGUUACCUCCCUUCUCCCUCGGAACUGAAGGGAAAGAUCCUGCUGAAGGGGAAGAAGCUGAGUACGAACUGCACAGCCUCGGAAGGUGAGGUGACCGAUGAGGACGAGGGGGCAGAGAUGUCUCAAAGGAUGAGCAUCGAGUCUGCGGAACAACAGACCAUCGCACUGAAGAAAUUCCAGCUGUCCAAGGACCUCUCUGAUCUGGUGACCUUGUGUAAGUCUGUGGAGUUCAGGGACUUCGCAACGUCCUUCCAGAGUCAGAAGCACUGGGAGCUCUGCUCCUUCAAUGAGGUCUUCGCCAGUCGCCAUGCAAGUGACUUCCCUGGUGACUUUGUCAAUUAUAACAAGAAGUUCCUGGCGAGGGUGUACCCCAGCCCCAUGCGGAUCGACUCCAGCAACAUGAAUCCACAAGACUUCUGGAAGUGCGGUUGCCAAAUUGUAGCAAUGAACUACCAGACUCCAGGCCUGAUGAUGGAUUUAAACAUUGGCUGGUUCCGUCAGAAUGGGAACUGCGGCUAUGUGCUGCGUCCAGCCAUCAUGAGGGAGCAGGUUUCAUAUUUUAGUGCCAACACCAAAGACUCUGUGCCCGGUGUUUCUCCGCAGCUCUUGCACAUCAAGAUCAUCAGUGGACAAAACUUCCCGAAACCCAAAGGCUCAGGUGCCAAAGGAGACGUAGUAGACCCCUACGUGUACGUGGAAAUACAUGGCAUCCCGGCUGACUGUGCUGAACAAAGGACUAAAACAGUCAACCAGAAUGGGGACAACCCUCUCUUCGACGAGAGCUUUGAGUUUCAGAUAAACCUCCCAGAGCUCGCAAUGGUGCGCUUCGUGGUGCUAGAUGACGACUACAUCGGGGAUGAAUUCAUCGGCCAAUACACAAUACCCUUUGAGUGUCUCCAGCCAGGUUUCCGCCAUAUACCGCUACAGUCUCUGACGGGGGAAGUUCUGCCACACACCUUGUUGUUUGUUCAUGUGGCCAUAACUAAUCGAAGAGGAGGCGGUAAACCACACAAGAGGGGACUGUCUGUACGAAAGGCCAAGAGGAGCAGGGAGUAUGCCAGCAUGAGAGUGCUAUUGAUCAAGGCUGCGGAUGAUGUCUUCAAAACAGCCAUCCUGCCACUUAGGGAGGCAACGGACCUCAGAGAGAACAUGCAGAAUGCCAUAGUGUCCUUUAAAGAGCUGUGCGGCCUUUCAGCUGUGGCCAACCUGAAGCAGUGCAUCCUGGCCUUGUCCCCUCGACUGGCUGGACCCGACAUCGCCCCCCUUCUGCUGUUCAACCUCGCUGACCAGUACCCUGAGUUGGAACCACAAGGCCUGCUGCCAGAGGUCCUUAAGAAGGUCGUCACCACCUAUGAAAUGGUGAUCCAAACCAGCCGGGCGCUCCUGGAGACCUACGAGGGGAUAUAUGACCGAAUCCUACAAACGCAAAAAGCAGCGAUGGAAUUCCACGAGAACCUCCACGACUUGGCCACGAAGGAGGGCUUGAAGGGCCGGAAGUUGCACAAGGCGGUGGAGAGCUUCACGUGGAACAUCACCAUCCUGAAGGGCCAGGCAGACUUACUGAAGCACGCCAAGAGUGAAGUCCAGGAGAACCUCAAGCAGAUCCACUAUGCCGUGCUCACCUGUAACCUGAGUAAAGGCGGAGCAGCGGGCGGCUCCACGGGCUCCGAGUCCAGGGGCCGACGUAGCCUUGACGCCAUCGCCGAGAAGGCCACUGUGGAGGAGGAGCUCACUGGUGAGGACAACUAAAGUCCCACAGUCCCCUGACACCCCCGUUCAGACCUAUACGCUGUUCCUGCCUCCUGAGCUCAAAGCCCACAGCUCCCUCCGUCUCUCUGUCUGUGUCUCUAACCUGACUUCAUUACUUUACACUCAUGCGCACUCACUUACUCAGACACACACCAGUGUUUUUCCACAUUCCAUCAAGUACAUUCCUGUAUCCCAAGCACAGCUGUAACCUCUUACAGACUUCUGCCUUGUAAUCAUAAAUAAAAUGCCACCACCACUUCAACCCAACUUCAAAUCUUCAAAAGGUCUGAGGUUGGGUUUUUGGAAAAUUAGUUUUUAGUAUUUAUAACCUAAAAUGUUGCCGCGUUGUACCGAAGCAGGGUUUUCUCUGGGCGUCUGGACUUAGGGGCUUUUUGGACCAUUAUCAUGACUAAAUGUAAAAAAAAAAGCUGAUUGUCAGAAGAUAGCGAGGAAAAAUAAAGCCACCGAUAAAGUGAGUGCUCUGUCCUGAGUGAUCUCAGAUUUGCACCAGAAGAAAAAACCAGACCUCGUGUGAACUGCACUUUCCUCCUCCUCCCAUAGCAGUCUGACAGUGAGCGUUCUUGUUGGUGUCAGUGUCGCUGUGACCACUCAUCAGCUGACUGAGACCCUGUAGCGAGUCGAUUGCUCUCACAUAAUUAUUUUCUCCGACACUUAACAUUUCUCACACUCGAGUCUAUUUGAGCUCGUCGUCUGUGACAGGGCGCAAUUCUUGGCGGUUUCACAGAUUUUCUCCGUGGUUAAUUUUAGUUGCGAAACGCUGAGAACUUGUUUGCACUGAAUUAAUUUCCUCUGUUGCAGCAGAACAUGUUACAGCAAACCUCCAGGAACUCCUGCAGGUUCAACCGGACUAAUGAAACACGUCUUAGACUGAUAAACUCUAGAAGACUCGCUGUAGAUUUGAGUUGUCUGUGUUGCUGUUUCACGCCGUGUUCAGGCAAUAUACCAAUUACCUAUCUUGCCCACGUCUGCACACAAGAUAAAGCAAGAUUAACUCCGUCUAUUUCAUUUCUAUAACCAUAAAACCUUGCAUUUAAAGGAUGGUAAAAACUUUAUGGAUGUCUUAAAGGUGACUCACUAUCAGACGGGUCAAUGUGUCAGACAGGUCACGUGAUCGAGCAGCUGCAGAGCACACAGCUCUACUGUGAAGCAACAAACUAAGUUAGAGAUCUUUUAUGGUAUCAUGAGAAGUCUGGCAGUGGAAACGUUAAAGGUCUCAGUAAGCGCUCCACAGAUCCUGAACCAACUCAAGUACGUUCUUUUAAAAUGAUUUGUUAUUGCACCGGUGUUGUCACAAGUUUAUUACCCAGAGGGAAAAUGUCGGACUCUAAGGUGACAAAUAACCCACAAACUAAAAGAGCAGGAGAGAACUCUCAGCGAAGUGUUUUCCAUUCCUUGGUUUUAGGUUCUGCCUCUAAGUCCUGUAAUAGCAGAGGGAACCCUGUGUGGUGUCUUUCUUUUUAAACAGUGGCUUCACAUCUGACGCUUCCCUAAUGGGCACAAGUCGUGUAAAUGCCAAAUCUUAAGCAUCCAGCAAAAGUAAGUGUCAGACACAAAUCACGCUGAAAACUCAAAUCCAUUCAUCUACAGUCGCAGCACAGUCGGUCGCUGUCCUCCAUUCUUCUUUCUGACCCUGUCACUCAUUUCCUGUUUGAGCUGGGAGGGCAAAGUCAACUACCAGCCACGUGACGGACAAAGACGUGAAACUGCUCAGAGACAGUGCACUUCUACUCUGUGGACAGAGGGGAGGGGGGUGUGGGGGUGCUACACGAGGAGACGAGAAAAGAAAGGGAGCCGUCGGCUUGUUGAAAGAGAUUUUUUUAAAAGCACAAUUUUCUGGAACUAUGAAUGUAACAGGACUGAGGGAGCGACCGGAACCGGAAGGAAACGGAAGAAGUAAACAAAGAAGAAAACGUGAAGAAUGAGAGUUAAGAGUUGUUUACAAUAAUGAACUUGUCCAUGUUCUCGUCUGCCAAAUUAGUAUCAUAUACUAUGUGUACAUAUAUAUAUGAAGUUUCCUGUUACCUUUUUUCUGCAGAGUGCAUCAUUUUAUUAUUGUAUACUUGGAAAUAUAAGAUUUAUUUUAUAAAAGAUAUAUAAACAUGUCUGUGGAGAAACUAAAGUUUUACGUGUGUGUAGAUAUCUGAUAACGAGCGUGGUCACAGAGAAGUGGCCUCGGUCCCGGUGGACACUGAAGGAACUGUACGAGAAUGUAUUCAAACAGCAAAAGUCUCAAAAACCACAACCAGCAGCUGCGUGAGGAGGAACCACGACUGGAAGCUCAGCACAUUCACUCACAUUUCAGCUUUUCAUUUGGAAAUUAGUGUUUGGUUUUUUAGGGGAUGGUCCUAAAGAGCUAAAAGAACAACAUUGGCUUUACGCUCCGGAGGAUUUUGACCAAAUUUCACUGUUACUUUCAGAUGUUUGCAACUCAUAAAAACUGCCAGAAACUCUGUCUGUUCUCUUUUUCAAAUGUAUUCUUCCAGGUACAAUACGUUCCCAACUAAUUCCACUGUAAUUUGGAAAAAACAAACAAAUGAUAAAUCCCGUCUGGCAGGUUUUAAAAAACUCAUUCCCUUGUUUGUUAGUGAUGGUUUUGGUUCGGUCCUCUUCCUGAGCAGAGUGAUUGAAUACAUCGCUCAGGAAAGUAACUCCAUGUCUGAACUGGAGGUCAUGUACAAAAAACUGACUGUGUGGUUUCAUUUCAAAUGUGCAGUUUGUGCUAUUAAUCGUAUAAAAGUUGUUUCCCUGCCCGACGCUCGUGGGAUUUGCUGUUUCAUCUCGUCACUGCUCAACAGAUCAUCCACGUGCAGGUCUGAGGAAACACUGUGCAGCGUUAGCUCGGUGGGAUUCGCUCUCGUCCGCCUGGCAAGUGGAAUGAGUCACUUUGUAAGAAUUUAAACUCAGGUCUUUUGAGGUGGUGGAGAAGGAACCGGUCCUGGUGACACUCGUCUUUAAUCCACAGUUACGCUGUGUUUGAAUUGUGCCUCAUCACUGCUACAUGAAACCUACUGUAUCAUGUGUUAACAUGUCUCUCUCCCCCCCACCCACCCACAUCUACCACAAUGUGGCUUCCAUAGGGCUCCAGUGUGGUUUUCAUUUCACAGCUCAUUACUGUGUCUAUAUUAAACAAUUCAAACUAGAAAA